AUUACAUUUCAAAGAGUAGGAGACCUAGGACCGGAACAUGGUUACAAAGUUAAACUAAAUCGUUUUCAUACUUGUAUUAAAAAACACGUUACACCAUGUGGAAAGUUCAGGCCUUGGUGGUGCAUCUCUUGCUGCUCGGAUCCAUCCUGAGCAUUUACUUUCAGUCCACCGUGUUGUCGGGUAUGGAGCCACAGUUGACCAUGGGUCAGUUGGGCAUGCGGCCGCCAGCAGAUCGAUUGGUGGUUUUCCUCACCGAGGGCCUACGGGCAGAAUCCCUGCUGGAGGACAACUGUAGUGCGGUGCCAGCCCUGCGGGAGCUAUUUAUGGAUCACGGCUUGGUCGGAAUUUCGAUUUCCUCGGUGCCGACGGCCCCUCGACCGGGUCACAUUUCAAUCUUUGCGGGCUUCAAUGAGGAUCCGUCCGCAGCGCUCACCAACUUUGCCUGGAAUCCCACUACCUUUGACACCGUUUUUAACCGCAGCCGGUUAGCUCUGGGAUGGAUGGACAACAGCAUUGCCAAAAUCUUUACCCACUUGCCGAACGGGGGAGAACCGUUGCGCUUCGAAACCUAUUCCAAGCCGGAAGAUUCCAUCAGACUCAUGGAUGAGUGUACCUUGGAAAUGGUGCGUGACUUCUUGUCCAAGACGCACAACGUACGGCCGUUGCGCAAUGCCACCUCUAUGGUUUUCUUUAUCCACCUAGCCGACAUGAAGUUUGCCGGUCAGACUUACAAGCCCACUAGCACCCAGUUCAAGGAAAGGCUUAACUUUACGGAGCAGGUUGUCCGGCAGAUCUAUGAUCUCUUCGAAGGUGUGUUCAAGGACAAACGUACGACCUAUUUGUUAACUUCGGAUCACGGCAUGACUAAUAAUGGCAACCAUGGCGGUGGGCAUAAGUACGAGGUGGAAACCCCCUUCAUACUCUGGGGAAGUGGUGUUAAUCGCAAUGCUCCAGAAACCGGACAGCACUUCACAGUCAACGACGAGGGACGUGAGAUGCCUCUCUACGAAUUGCAGCAGACUCAAUUGGCGCCGCUUAUGUCCGCUUUUAUUGGUCUUCCGCCGCCCAAGAAUAACAUGGCCCUGCUGCCGCUGGGCUAUGUGGAUGCCAGCAUUCAGUAUGAGCUCCAGGCCAUGCAUUUGAAUACCAUGCAGCUGCUGGCUCAGGCCAGCAUCCUAAUAAGACAGCACGAGAGUGGCUUAUUUUCUCAGUUUCUGGCCAGAUACGAAUACCUAACCUCCGAUGAGAUCCACAAGUAUUCGCUUAAAAUGCUAGGUCUGGUGAACAGACAUCAGUUCGAAAAGGCCCUGAUGAUGAGUCAGAAGAUGGCGAAGCAGGCGCUGCUAUGCUUGGAGUACUACCACACCUAUUAUGACCAAGCGCUGUUCAUGGCCACCACCGCCUCAUACUUUUUGUGGUUCUUCUGCCUCCUGUUGAAGCUCACGCGUGAGUCCAUCCAGCCCAGACCAGCGCGAAGGGGACUAGUUACCUGGACCACGUUGCUCAUGUCCAUUGGGGGACUGCUACUCAUGGUGGCAAUGAUACUGCAGAAUGUCCCGUGCAUAACAGCAUUCUAUCUGAUGCUGCCCUUUAGUAUUCUAAUCAUAGCCGUGGGUGAGCUGCCCAAGAAAGGUGUCUGGGUUAAGAACCUAAUCUUCCAUCUGGCCGGGAUCGCAAUGCCCGGUUUCCUGCUGAUACUGAUGGCCUUCCGGAAUAAUCACAUCGGACUACUAUACGGAGGACUGGUGUGCCUCAACAAUCGCAAGGCAUUCCUCAGACCCUCGGUAAAGCUAUUUUCCUGGCUGGGUCUCGUCUUUCUGCUGAGUGCCAUCCUGGUGGUGAAGCAGAACCCUAGCUUGAGCUGGAUUACCUAUGGCAUUACGAAUUAUGUGAGCGACAGUCACGUGCUAUACUUCAGCAUGGUUCUGUCCGUGGUGCGCACUUUGGUCCUGCAGCAACAGCAUUCUGUUCGGGUGUGGCUCGUUAAUGUUGCAUCUCUGCUGAUUGUGGCUUAUGGAGUGUAUCAGUGGGACUCGGAUGAAUCCGUUUGUACUUACGUCUAUGUGGCCUGCUGGGCGUAUCUGGCCUACGCCUUCCUCUCGAUCCCUUACAGUGGAAUUAUGGAGACCAGGCGUCGGCUAGAACUGAUCUUUUUCAACAUGCUGACGGUCCACAUAAUGCUGACGACAUCCAUUGAAUCGCUCAUUAUCCAGAUCAUGGUCACGGAGUUUGUGUUGGGCCAGGAGAUUUAUGCAGAAAACCAUGGAUUGAAGGACGGAAAAGAUCGCAAUCAGAGUGAGAGCAGUAAUCAAGAAGGGGAACGGCAUGAGGAACAGGAUUCGGAUCACCAGGAACAUGAGGGUGAAAAACCGAGACAACACCUAAGGCUCUCCUAUCGCUAUGCAUUCCUCAUACUGUUGUACUUCUAUUUGUCCUUCUUUGGCACUGGACACUGGUUCUUCGACUUUACCUUCAAGUCGACCACUUCGCGAUUGUUCCUCUCGCAUUUCUGUCUUUUCGGUGCCGUCGCCUUCAGCCUGCUGAAAUUAUUCAUACCGUCCAUCAUCAUCAUCUCCAGUACUUAUGUCCUGGUGACCUUUAGCCGUAAGAAUGCCCGAUCCAUCAUAAUUUGCCUUUUCCUGAUGACCGAAGCCAUGAGCCUGUUCUUCUGCUACUUUGUUAAGAAUCGCGGUACCUGGAAGGAAGUUCGCAAAUCAUUGGAUUACCUCCUGGUUACACAUGUCUUUAUCAUUCUGUUGAUUGUUUGCUCCUGGAUCGCCAAGGGAUUGCUUAUCAAUACCACGGAUGAGAUGCCACCGAGCCCCAGGCAAGUCACUGUGAUUGAAAAUGCUACUGCGCUAACUGAAGAUAGCCAGGCGUAGUUUAAUUUGGAAAUAAUAUCGAAAUUUGAUUCUGUAUUUAUGACACUUAUUGGUGUCACUGUUUUAUGCUCUUCAAUAUAUUUUAAAUCGAUUCAAUUCA